CAUGCGCACUUGUUGCGUAUCUCGUUACAUAGUAGGAAGUAGUUGAUUGGUAUAAAAACGGACUACGGUCCCGGUAUAUGUCACUCUCGAGUCCUCAGAACAACAGACAGAAUGAAAUUAGCUAUCGCCACAGUUGCUGUUUUGGUUUGCCUUUGUGGCAUGAAGGGAAUCAGUGCUACCGGGUACGGUAAUUCAGCAUACGGAUCUAGCUACGGAGGUAGUUAUGGAGGAGUCGGAUACGGCGGUGGAUACGGGGGUGGAUAUGGACAGUCUGGAUAUGGACAGUCCGGAUAUGGAAGUUAUGGUGGAUACGGAAGUUAUGGCGGAUACGGCAAGGGAGGUUACUCUGGCUAUGGACACCAAAGUUCCGGAUAUGGCAAAAAAGGUUAUUCUGGUUACGGAAAGAAGGGAGGUUUUGUUGACGAAACAAUUACCUAUAUGCCAUACCAAGUACCAAUAAUGGGAGCAGGAUACGGCGGUAUCGGAGGUGGUAUUGGAGGUGGAUAUGGUGGUCUCGAUGCCGGUCUUGGCGGUGGACUUCUCGGAGGUGGUGGUGGCGGACUUCUCGGAGGUGGUGGUGGCGGACUUUUCGGCGGCGGUAGUGAAGGACUUAUUCUUCUUCUGCUCAUCGUUCCAUUCCUUCUGUCCAACAACAACAACAAUAACGGAAAAUAAGUGAUUGGUUGAUACCAGUCAUGUGACUACACAAUGAUUUUAUCCCCAUUAGACUAAAGCUAAUGGUUUAAUGCAGUGACCGACAUGAAAUGCUUUGCUGAAGAACUACCAUCAUAUUCUAUAACAGCUUAUCCAGGGGUACAAUGUGAAAAAAAAAGAUAUCUUUAUUUGUUGAAUAAAAUUUAUUAUUAAUUGAA